UUGUCUAUUUUCCCAUUUAUAUCUUUUCGAGGUGCAGCUAUUUACUUGCCCGCAUGAGAGUCGCAUGGGUGUUGCGCAUCCUUCAUGGAUCAUGAGGCCUGCCAAUCACCGCCCCGCCAAGGGAAUUCCACCCGUAUCACUUUCCCAUGCCCAGCCGAACUAAAGCCCCUAUUUCGUCGGAUCUUCCAAUUGACUAUGAGUCACACCCCUCCCUUCACUCUGCCGAAACCCCGUUUUGCUUCUGGUUACGAAACGGGACGCAGCGAUGUAUGAAUCUCCGAACUCAAACCCACCGCCCAUGGACACCUACUCGUCCUGUAAAAUACCAAAUUGGCGAAUCAUUUCUCCGUCUACUCUGCUGGUUUCAGGAUCCCUGGGUGCCGCCACAGUGCCACUUGCAUAUCAUUGAGCACGCUAAACCUCGAGUCGGUGUCCGGAUCCCGUCUCAUCGGUUCCGUACAGGGUUCCCCCGGUCCCCUCAUGGCUGCGAGGUGACAACCAAAAACCACUUUACACGAAGGUGUCUUUUCGCGGCACCUAGCCUCUACUGCCCGCGUUCCAUACCCCUCCACCAGAAAGAGGGGCCAGGGGCCUACCGAACCACAUGCCCUGCUCAAGCAACCAGGCAACAAUGCCGCAUCCGGUCACUUGCCCUGGCCUUUUAGUUCGAAAGAUCACACCGACCUUGUCUUUUGGUUCUAUCCACCAGUUCGCCUCGCCCGAUGUACCAUAUAUCUGCCCGUCCGCCUCACCGAUCUUCACUGUGACUCAUUGAAAUCCUCCCUCCUCCACAUUGACCAUCCUCGUGUUUUCGGUCAAUAAC